AUGGAUAAAGAUGAGCUUGACUUGGGGGAUGUGCAGUUGGAGAAAGAAAAUAAGCAUCCUCAUGAACUGGAGCCUAUUGAGUUAUCUAAUUAUAAUGCAAAUGAAAGAGAAUCUGAUUCCAACCAUCGGAUAAAAGCUCAAUUGGAUGAUUCAAUAAAUGAUUCGCAGAGCAAUAGCAAAAACAACCAGUCUAAGCGUAAGAUAAGAGAAUACUUCAGAUGGACCAUCGUCGUAAAGAACGAGGGAUCAAUGGCUAGAGAUCAGUUAGCAAAUGAAAGAACAUUACUUGCAUGGGUAAGGACAGCCUCCUACUUUACACUAGCUGCCUUGGGUGCGGUGCAAAUAUACAGAUUAGAGUCUAAAGCUGCUUCGUACUCAGCUGACGUCUACAGCGAUGAAUACAAGAAAUACAGUGAAGUUAUCAAGCAAUUUGGAAAAUGCAUUAGUCCUAUAAUGAUAUGCAUGUCCUUAUUGGCAUUGUUGAUUGGCACAUUCACAUACUUUCAUGUCCAAGAGAAACUUUACAGUGGUUAUUACCCUGCACCAAGAAUCCUGGUGAUUGUGCUAAUAGUCAUUAAUUUUUCAGUAGUUUUGCUUAUGUUCGUACUUGACAUUAAGCUAUCUUGA